AUGAUUUACAAAAAGUAUAUUAAACUCAUCGCCACUUUGUUAAUUGUAUUCUUUCUCAUUCACUUCUUGACAAGUUUAAGACAAUACAGUGGAUCACAAGGUGCCGAAUCUACGAAAAAAAGGGAAUUUACAUCGGAACUACUGAAGGUUGAUUGGAAAAAGCAUGGCUUUAAUUAUCAAACCAAUAGACUAGCCAGGCUACCAAAGCAAGCAUCAGUUAGGGAGCAAUUGGCGUUUCAUUUUCCCUAUGAUAUACUGCAGCCGUUUCAAAAGAACAUAUGGCAGACUUGGAAGGUCUCUUUGGACCACAAGGAAUUUCCAUUGAAGUACAAAAAUUUCCAAUCUAGUUGGAGUGAGAAAAACCCUGAUUACGUCCAUCAUAUUUUAUCAGACUCAGAAUGUCAUGAGUUCGUAAAUCAAGCAUACUCUACAGUACCUGAUGUUGCAGAGGCUUACAAUAUAAUGCCCAAAAGCAUUUUGAAGGCAGAUUUCUUUAGAUACUUGGUCUUAUUUGCAAGAGGUGGUGUAUACUCUGAUAUUGACACGGUUGACUUAAAGCUGAUCGACACUUGGGUUUCGCUGAAUGAAAUGCUAUUUGGUAAGCCAAACAUAGCGGGUCUAGUUGUGGGUAUUGAAGCAGAUCCCGACAGACCAGAUUGGGCACAGUAUUAUGCUAGAAGAAUCCAAUUUUGUCAAUGGACCAUUCAGGCUAAGAAAGGGCAUCCAAUGCUUAGAGAAUUGAUUACAAAAAUAACAGAAUUGACAUUAUGGAGGAAGAAAGAACUGAAGUUGACAUCUGUUUUAGGAAAGGAUGAAGGAGGUGACGUUAUGAAUUGGACCGGACCUGGCAUAUGGACAGAUUAUUUAUUUCAGUACAUGAACAGUUUAUUACAAUCUGAAGACGACUCUAAAUCCAAAGAAGAUGAUCAAGUUAUAACUUGGAAAGUAUUCACUGGUAUGGAAAUGCCUAUUGCAAUUGAAGAUGUCCUUAUUUUGCCUAUUACAUCAUUUAGUCCAGAUGUUGGGCAUAUGGGUUCCAAAGGGUCAAAUGAUCCGAUGGCCUAUGUUUUACAUAGAUUUCUGGGAGGAUGGAAGACAGACUAA